AUGCAUUUUACACCUAAAUUCAAAUUUGAAACAAUUUUGCCAACAGGUCGAGCAGUCUUAGAUCGACUGAGCAGCACAACGUUGAGUGAAGUGGCAGUGUCAAGUGAUACAGGAGGCUUGCUGCCCGCGCCUCUAGAUGUAGCGCCGUUUUCUGUGGUAACUGCCAACGCCACUUGCGGGCAGAAUGGCGCUGAAGAGUUUUGUAGAGAAACGCCGGGAAAGCGCGGAAUAGUCUGUGAUGUGUGCGAGGGGCCUGAGGGAUCCUCAUCUCGACGACACCCAGCCUCCCAUGCAGUAGAUGGUGACCCCAACACUUGGUGGCAAAGUCCGGUUAUAAUUGACGACGAGUAUCAACAUGUGGAACUAGUGGCUACCUUGCCUGGGUCGAAG